GUAAUAAUUACAAAAAGAAAAAGAAAAAAGAGGGAGAUGUAAGCUGACUGCGGUUAAUAUAUAGAAUUCCAUACAAUAUACCGCAUGUAGAAAGAGCGCCCCCGGUUGCUAUUACAAACAAGACACCAGCAUAUGAAUAUUACGGAUUCGCCAUGUACUUGGCGUCGUUUGUCGUAUUUGGUGUUUACCUAAUUUGGGCUUAUGUACCUGAUUCUAUUUUGCAUAGCCUAGGAAUUACAUAUUAUCCUAAUAGAUAUUGGGCAUUGGCUAUACCAGUUUGGCUAAUGACAUUCGUAUGGUUUAUAUUCUUUUCAUACAUGACGAUUAACUUGUGGAAUACGCCUUCAUUUGAUUCGUUUGAUUGUAUUACAGAUGAACAUGCCAAUAUAAUGAAACUCGAAAAUCAAAAAAGUAUAGAUCAGCCUUCAGAUUGGAUACCCGAACUCCAUGAUAUACCCAUUGGCUUGGUUAAUAAGUUUCUCUAUGAUGAACACACCGAAGCAAAGAAAAAUGCUAAUAAAAGGGUAUUUUAUCGAUAAAAAAGAUCAAAUAUACCCUAAGGUUUUGGAGGUAUAUUCAGCGCCAUUGUUCCUUACAAAACCAUGGCAACCUUUGGUACACACAUGAUCUUUUAUGCCCUCUUAGAACUUAGCUUCAUUUAGCAAACUUUACCCCGUAAAUAAAAAAUAUAUAUGUGGAUAAACCGUCGGGAAAUAAAACGAGAUAAGAUAUGAUAUGGUUUUCAUGUGAGAAAGAGCGGGAGAGGGAGAUGUUCAGAUAGUAAAUAUAGUAAUAAGUUAUAAACAUAAGAUACACGUAUCAUACAUCAUGUCCUAUUACCUCCUUCUUCUCUUUAGUCAGCCCUCCUUCUUUCCUCGGUUCUAUGUC